UGAUGCAAUAACGUCAUAAAUAUGCUGUGCCAACGAAAGCAAAACCAUUGCGAAGCUUUGAAGAUUAUUAAACAAACCUUUGUCAUGGCUGUUGGCGUUGUUGGGCUUCGUUCUUUCGCUCUUGUUUACAAGUUUUCAUCUCUUUUUGGAGUUUGCAGCCUGUUUGUUUCAUUUCCUUCGUUUGGAGGUGCUGUGGGUAUCGACAUUCGAAGAGAGUGCAUAAACGAGGAGAUCCCGCUCAGUAAUCCUCAACUUGCUGGUAUUAUCCAGGAAAACUCUUACAAAGAGCUGAUCUGGACUGUUAAAGAUCCGGAAGAGCAAGGCCAGGACAAACAAAAGCUCGUAUAUUGCAACGAAGAUUUUAAAUGCCACAAGUAUAACAUAACAGGGGGUUAUCAGCAGAGAACUGAGACAGUAGCUACCGUGCAGGGUGUACUUUACAUAAAGCAAAAGAAGCUCAACGAUAAGCUUUCUUACACCUGCCGGGUGAUACAGAAAGAAAACAAGCCUUCGUGUGAUUACACCAUCAUGGUCAGAUCUUCAGCAAAUUGCUUAUCCGCGACUGUUGGGAAAAGCAUCGACCUGAGCCGUCCGAUUCAUCGCAAAUUUUCAAAGAAAGGCGUUGAAGACAUAACAUGGUACAGGAUCCUUCAGGGUGGCAGAAAGGAAAAAAUCGUGUACUGCAGUCCAUCUAGAGUCUCGUGUGUGUUGAUCAAUUGCACGAGAUCCUGCCCGGAAUAUCUAAGAAGGCUGAAGACAGAUGGAUUGUCGGUCAUCCUGACAAAUGUCACGCCCGAUGACCACGGAUUAGAAUUUCAAUGUGAGGUACAUCCCGGAAUACACGGAAUUCGUAAACCUUACAUCAUUCGGGUUAGAGAUGUCGCCGUACCCCGAGCUGUCGACGGAACAACUUCACCUUCCAUUAUAACAGCACCGCCCACCCCAGCAAACACAGGAUCUUACACUGUGAGCAAUAGUUGGCCAGCACCUCCGUUUCAAGUCUCUGUCAUUUUGGUGAUCACACAUUUUAUGAUCUCAGUCCGUUCCAUGCUGUAGAAACAUCAGGAAAAAUCACGGACUUACUCUGUGGAAAGUUUACUCCAGAACCUCGAAUGCGCGCGCGUGAUAGCAUCCAAAAUAUAUUCUCAUUGCCUGAGAAAGGUAGAUUUUCCCAAAGCUAUGUAAAAAGUUGCAAAUAGAAUAUAAGACUACGGAAACACAAAUUGUAUCUUUAUUUAGGGCACGUUGCACGAAAUUUGCUAAUAUAAUGCUUUCAAUUUUUUUUAAAUAUAGUGCAAUAAUAUAUAAAAUACGCCUGUAAGGAAUCCAAAAAUAUUUAAAAAAUGUACAGUUAUUUGCGACUUGAAUGUAAGCAUGCCUAAUUCAAUGAAACGCAAGCAUUAUGACAAAUAAUUUACGCAACUGUAAAGCCGAUUUAAGCUGACUAAUAUUCAGCUUUAUCAAAUAUUACUUCAGACUUGUGAAUGUAAAAUUGUCCAAGUCCCUUCAAAAUCCUUAUCUGUAAAAAACAUUUGGAAUAAAUUAAUAAUUUUUAGCCUACA